UGUGUGUGUGUGAUGUAUGCAUUUAUCCAUUUUGAGGUUAUAAAAUUAAAUUACACAACAAUAAUAAAAACAUAAAAAAAUAUAUAUAAAAAUAAACAAUAACAACAACAAAAAUGAAUAAAAUACUGUCAUCUUCAAUAAAAAAUGUAAGUAAAAAAAUCCAUAAUGCUGAAUUAAAACCAUCUGAAUUAUACAAUGCAUCAUUAAAUUUAAUAAACAACAUAAAACCAUUAAAUGCAUACAUAAAUGUAACUGAUAAAAUUGGAAAUGAUCAAUCAAAUGAAUCAAACAAACGUCAAAAUGAUGGUAAACUAUUAGGUGAACUUGAUGGUAUAUUAAUUGCAAUAAAAGAUAAUUUUUGUGUUGAAAAUGUACCAACAACUUGUGCAUCAUUGAUGCUAGAAAACUUCAUACCUGGAUAUAAUGCAACUGUUUAUAAAAAGCUACGUGAUAAUGGUGCAGUACUUAUGGGUAAAACAAAUCUUGAUGAAUUUGCUAUGGGAUCUGGAACAGUUGAUUCACACUUUGGACCAACAAAAAAUAUUUGGGGUUCUAAAUUAUUAGAUAAUUAUACAAUUGAAAAAUCUGAUUUAUCAACAAGUAACAUUGAUUGUUCAGACAAUUGGCAUAUUGCAGGUGGAAGUUCUGGUGGUUCAGCAAUUGCUGUUGUAACUGGUACAUGUUUUGCAGCAUUGGGUUCAGAUACUGGUGGUUCAACAAGAAAUCCAGCAUCAUAUUGUGGUCUAGUUGGAUACAAACCAACUUAUGGUCUUGUAUCAAGACAUGGAUUAAUACCACUUGUUAAUUCAAUGGAUGUACCUGGUAUUUUAACAAGAAAUAUCAAUGAUUGUAUAGAAAUAUUAAAUGCAAUUGCUGGUCCAGAUGAUUAUGAUUCAACAACAAUUAAUAAAAAAUUUAAUCCAAUUGAACUAACAGAUUCAAUUGAUGUUAGUGGACUCAGAGUUGGUAUACCAAAAGAAUACAAUUUAUUAGAAUUAAAUGAUGAAGUUAAAAAUACAUGGAAUAAUGUUGCAAAUAUAUUGACUGAAGCUGGUGCAAUUGUUAGUGAAAUAUCAAUGCCACAUACUGAUUUAUCAGCUGUUUGUUAUUCAGUAUUAAAUCAGUGUGAAGUUGCUAGUAAUAUGUCAAGAUAUGAUGGUAUUGAAUAUGGUCUUAGAGCCAAUGAAAAUACAUCAACUGAAAAGCUAUAUGCUAAAAGUCGUUCAAUGGGUUUUAAUGAUGUUGUACGUAGUAGAAUAUUAACUGGCAAUUAUUAUUUAUUACAAGAAAAUUAUAAUGAUUAUUUUUUAAAAGCCAUGAAAAUACGUAGAUUAAUUAGUAAUGAUUUUAAUGAUAUAUGGAAUAAUUGUGUUGAUGUUAUAUUAACACCUACAACACUUACUGAUGCACCACUUUAUAAAGAUUUUAUAUCAAAAGAUAAUCAAACUCAAUGUUCACAACAAGAUUAUUGUACACAACCAGCAAAUUUAGCUGGUAUACCAGCAAUUAGUAUUCCAAUUUGUCAUUCAUCAAGAGGUAUGCCAUUGUCAUUGCAGCUAAUGACACCAUUUUUACAUGACAAACAAUUAUUUAAUAUUGCUAAAUGGAUUGAAAAUGCUGUACAAUAUCCAAAACUUGUAUUAAAUAAUACAAAAUUAAUUGAAUAAUUAAAAAUUUUUAAAUAUAUUUAUUUAUAUUGUUAAUAAUA